AUUUAUCAACUAAACUUUACAUACAUAUGGGCAUGUAUCAUAUAUACACAUUUCAUACGCAAACUAUACGUAAGUGCUUUAUAAAUAUGUAUAAAUGUAUACUUGAUAAGGUACAUAUUAGAUAAAAAUAUAUUUUGACAUAUGGUUUGAAAUGACGAUUGAGAAAAGAUUGAGAACAAUUCUCGAUUUGGGAAAAGUCGAUAACAUCUCGAUCGGUGAGAACAAUCAAAACUAGUCAAAAGGCACCUAAAAUCGGUAGUUUUUAAGUCGGGGUUGGGGUCGGGUUCGGGGUCGGAGCCAAGUUCCUUGCUUGCGACGUGCGCCGUAACCGUUGCGCCGUGUAACCUUCUGUCAGCCGUCGUCGGCAGAAAGCGAGUAUUCAGUGAUUAGAGGAAAGAUGGCUACGAACUUUAGCGUAGAGUGUCAGUACUUUUACGAAGAUGUCGUCUAUCGUGUGGAUAAGAAAGGUAACGUUGUGUUCGGAAUUGUUAUGGAAAAUGACGACCAAGAUUUGUCCGAAGAAAGUUCUGACAGCGAAGAGAGCCAAAAGAGGAAAAAGGGCGAGAUUCGCGUGGUCUGGCAUCCCUCCGGUGUCGAGGAGUUGGUCAGCUCGAAGAAGGUACAUUUAGCAGAUAGAACACUUAUGCCAGGAGAUGUUGUACGUCGAAUGAUCAAAGGAAAGGAUACACAGAGAGGAUACUGUAGGGAUAUUGAGCUUACUGCCUGUGUUCAAGUGAUUGGUACUAAACAAGUGCUUACCAAUAUUAGGAGCGAAGAUUUAGUUCCUUUGGAAGAAUUUGCAACGGAUAUAGCUGUUUGUAUGGAUUCAUGGGUUGGUGGCAUAAAAAUGGCAAAUUUUAAAUUGUGGCUUACUACACCUGAUGGAUCUCGUUGUGUCAUAAAUGAAACAGAUUCUCGUAUUUUAGGACAAUUAGAGGAGAGACGCGAUAAUGAUAAUGAUUUUCCUCAUUCUUCUGAAUUUUAUCCUGGUCAAAGUUUGUGGGGACCAGUUCACUGCCUGGAAGAUGCACAAUGGAUUACAUGUACAAAAGAAAUGAAAGCAAAGAGAAAAUCUAAACCACAGAAACUAACAAAGGUAAUUGUAGAAAAGGUAGAAACAGAUUGGGUAGGAGUGCAUUGGCAGUGUAGAGCAUAUUCAAAGGAUGGUGCUUGGUCAGAUCAAGCUCAACCAAAAUUCGUAGUUGAAGGAGAAAAUUUGAAGAAACUAAAAUUAUUGAAUGUUUUUGAACCAUCUACUGUGCAAGUGGGAGAUCGAAACUUUUAUGUAAUUAAAAGUGAUGAAAAUGUCAUUACACGAGAACAAUGGAGAAAACAACAAAGAGACAUUUUUCAAGUUCCUAAACAUAGUCCAAAGAAAACACGUCCAAAUAUCAGUGUGACAAAGCCUGUUGAGGAUAGAAAAAAGGAGAAGGAUAAAGAUAAAGUUAAUGAACAGCAAACAUUAGAAGAGAAUGCUCAUAAUAAUAUUAACAAUUUACAAAAUAUUACAAGCAAUAAUACUCUAAUGCCUCCAGUACAAAACCAGAAUACUGAAAGUUCAGAUGAUUGGGAUACAGAAGAUACUGGAUCACAAAGUGACAGUGCUUCGGUAUCUAGUGGAUGUUCUAGCAUGUCAUCCAUGGGUAAAAAGAAAAAAAGCCCAGCUUUGAUGACAAAGGUCCUGAAAAAGAAAAAGUUAUGUAAGGCAAAGAAGAAGAUUCCACCAGUUCCAUUGAUUCCAGGGACUAAAAUUGUUGUGGAAACAUUGUCUACAAGUACAAAAGCUAAUGUUGUAUGGCAAGAUGGUUCAGUAGAAUUUGGUAUUCCAUCAACACAACUUUAUCCGAUUCAUCACUUAGAUGAUAAAGAAUUCUUCCCUGGUGAUUUUGUAGUUGAUCAAAAGGAAGAGUCUAGAAUGUAUGGUGUAGUUCAAAGUGUUGACCAUCAGGGUAGAACAGCUAAAAUAAAAUGGUUUAAAACAUACACUUCUAGUCAAAGUCCGCAACCAACUUUACUAGAAGAACGUGAAGUCAGUGUAUAUGAUUUAAAAGAUCAUCCAGACUUUCAGUACAGACCAGGUACAUUAGUAAUUCGAAUAGCUAAUUUUGAAGGAGAAGAUGCUGGAUGUACUGCUGGUCAAGUGCUAGAUAAUUAUCCGGAAGGACGAGUUAAAGUGUGGUGGGUUGAUGGACAUGUAAGUAUGUGUUGGCCUCAAGAUUUGUAUAAAGUAGGUGAAUAUGAUAGUGACGAAGGAGAACUUUGGGACGAUGUAUCGUCUGACGCGUCAUGGGAAACGGAAUUGGAAGACUGGUAUAUCGCCGAUACCGAUGGUACAGAACAAACAGAAUUAGAAAAUAUAAAACCAAAGCUAGCCGCACACAUCGAGAAAGCUCGCAUUGCAAUGUCUAGACUGGAAGAAAUUUUCACUCAAAAUCCCUCACUUCAGACAACCGAAGUUAUGAGAAAAUUAUUAGAAGUUUAUAAAGAUUGUCGAUACAUGGAUAAACUUAUGGGUACCUCUUUCUUCCAUGAAUGUCAUUUUCAAGGACUUCUGGAGAGAGUCCGAGAACGUGGUCGUGCAAAUGUAGCGCAACGUAUGGCGGAUCAAGUAACAAGAUUAUUUACGCAUAAAUCUGAUGGAUCAGAAGAAAAUAUAGAAAAGAACAAUAUAGAAAAUUCCAAUAAUAUACAAUCAGGAAGUAAUCCUUGUGAAAAGAUCAUUACCACUGUAACGGAUAUGACAGAAUCCAUCGAUCAUAAAAACGAUGAACCCACCAAUAAACAGAACGUAAAAGGUGAAGGAUCAAUUGAUCGUUUAUUUAUUAAUGUUAAUCCUAAUCCUGAGGAUUCUGGAUUGUAUUCUGCAGAAAAUUCAAAGAAAGAGUCGGGUUCGAGUGACUCAAGUGGGGAAUUUCUACUUAGCGAGGAUGUGAACAACGUACCUGAUCGUUCAAUAGACAAACCAGAAAUAAAUAAAACUUCCAAAACUCAGAUGCACAUAACAAGUUCUCACGUGGCUAGUUCUCAAGUUUGCGUUAAAUUGUGCACUUUAAUAAAAGCUCAACUUGUACUAGCGCAUGCAGAAGUUUCUAGACGAUUUGGGUUAUCAAAAAUGUCAUUAUCCGAUGCCGAAAAAGGAUCGUCGCCUUUGAAGAAGCAGAAAAAAGAAGAAGAAAGACGUAUAGAAUUAUUACAAGAACCAUCAGAAUAUUCCAUAGAAAUUCCACCACCAAUAUAUACAGAAGGAGAAGGAUUUUCUAUAGAAGAGACAGCACCAGAUAGUCAUAAAUUUAAAUUAACAAUGUUUCAGCCUACAGAUCCUACAAACUUUUUCAGAACUGUUUCCAAGGAAUUAAAACUUUUAAAAAGUUCACUUCCACCCGGUAUAUGGGUAAAGGGAUUUGAAGAUAGAAUAGAUUUAUAUUCUGUAAUGUUUCGUGGACCUGAGAAAACACCAUACGAAGAUGGUCUUUUUCUUUUUGAUUUUCAAUUAUCUGCCGAUUAUCCUGCUGCUCCACCACUUUGCCAUUAUAUUUCUUACUGUAAUGAUAGGUUAAAUCCCAAUCUGUAUGAGGAUGGUAAAGUUUGUGUAAGCUUACUUGGAACAUGGUCUGGUCGUGGAACGGAAGUGUGGACAAGUUCCUCAACUCUCUUGCAAGUUAUAGUCUCGAUUCAAGGCCUUAUUCUCGUACCAGAACCAUAUUUUAAUGAAGCUGGAUUCGAUAAACAAAAAGGCUCUCAACAAGGAAAAGAAAAUUCAAGAAUGUACAAUGAAAUGGUUGUACUAAAAUUGGUUCAAGCACAGACUAAGUUAUUACAACAUCCACCACCUGUAUUUAAAGAUAUUAUUAUUGGACAUUUCAAGAGGCAUGCAAACAAAUUAUUGCAACGUUUAGAGUUGUGGAUGGAAAUUUCUGAACAACAUAAUAAUCAACACCCAUUAUCUCCAGUAACACCUACUACUUUUAAACAAAUAUCUGACGUUGAUAACAAAAUUUUACCAGAAUUUCCAUUAAUACCAGCGUCUAGAGGUUUCUGCAUAACACUCCGUAAAACUUUAGCUAUAUUCAAAGAAGUGCUGAUUAAAGAGGGUAUUAUAGAAAGAAACAGCGAUGUACGUACUUGGGAAAAUAUCAAGGAGCAAACAAAGAGCGAAGGUCACGAAACAAGCAAAACUGCUGACAGUAAUACAAUGGAACAAGACAGUAAAAAAAAGAUCAGUGAAGGAAGUUCCAAAUUAACUCCAAACGGUAGCCUAUCAAAGGACCGUGUAUCAUCUUCCUCCACGAAUAUUUCCUCUACAUCACUAAGCGAAACGAAGAAAAUUACGUUGGAUCAUACCAUCAGCUAGCCACAAGGUAAACCUAAAUUUAAACCAAAAAAUUUAGUUCGUAAAAGAUACACGAUUAUUCGGUAAUACAUUCAAUUAAUUUAUUAUGUAUAUAUAAUAUAUAUAUAUUAUUAUAUAUAAUAAUAUAUAUAUUAAUAUAUAUAUUAAAGAUAUGUUCAAUGAUGUUCGCGGUAUUUAUUUAUUAAUAUGAACACCACUACUAACAAACGAUAACUUUUAACAGAAACGCCGCUGUCAUUGCUCCGCAGCUAGAGAUAUUUGUUACUAUAGAGUAACCACAUAGUAACGUAAUAAAUACGAUCAUAUAGGCAUGUAUGAACAAAUAAGAUCUUGUUCUUGUAUACAAUUUCGUAAAUUUCUGGGAUAUAUUACACAAUUUAAUUUAUGAUGUUAUAUAGAAUAUAUAAUAAUAAAAAUACACAUAUGUAUAUUAUAUAUAAUAUAUAAUAUUAUAAUAUUUACGAAUAUAAAAUUAAUAUUUGGUCACGGGAUACUAUAUAUGCAUUUAGUUCUAUAAUUCUGCAAUGAAAAUAGAGAGCGUUUCUCAAAAACGCAGUUUGACUGAAUUAUUAAAACAAAGAAACAAGGAAGGAGAAAAUAAUGUCAAAUAUUGAAUAAGCGAAAAAGUAUUGUCACUGCAUAAAGAAUGAGGAAAAUUAAAAUGAAGAAAUAAAGUAACCAAUAAAAGGUAGCAAUACGUUAAGCCAACGUGAAAACACUUCUCAAUAUAGUUUAAGAAACACGAUAAUAAUAGUUAUUAAUUCUACAUGCAUUUCACUGAAUACAAUCGAGUAAUGACGCCACCAACCUUACGAAAGAGAAAUUUAUUAUCCUUCAAAUAUCUUAAAAAUCAUUAUGCCAUUUAAUAAUUCAAUAUUUCAAAUGAAAUUACAUGAUUUUGAUUGCAAAUAGGUUGUAGUUUAGGCACAAAAAGAUUCGUAUUUAGAUGAGAAACCUAUGACAAUUAAUGUCCAAUGUUAUAAAUACUUCUAACGUAGUAUAUAAAUUAUAAACAAAUUAUUAUUAUACAUUCUAUUAUCUACAGUCAAGGAAUUUUCUUUAUCGAUAAUUUGUUUGGUAUAUUUAUAGGAAAAAAUUGUUUUUGUGAAUUCUUCGUUUUUGUUUUGGUAUAUAUAAUAUUUAUUUGAUAAUAAAGUAUUUGAUGUUGUCACGAACAUUUGCGGAGAACAUUAGUACUUAUUACACAACGUAAGCGUUUUGCAGUAUUACUUAUAUUUAUUUAUUUUUUUUUUUUUUUUAAUUCUACACUUCUCUGGUGUAAUAAUAGAAUAUAUUUGUUUGCUGCGAGGGAUUCAUGUUUCUGUAAAUUUAAAAAUGAAUGCAUAUAACUAGGAGUAUGAAACUUAAUACACAUAAACCGGGAUAUAUUGCAUUCUGAGAUAUAUUGCAUGCAACGAAAUAAUCGAAGAACGAUUAACAUGUUAAGAACAACGUUCAGCUUUGUGUUUUUUACUUGAUAUUAUGUUAUAUAAUCUUGUUUUAUUUAUACAUUAUUAUAUUUUAUUUAUUUUUCGUACUCCAAUUUUAAAAUAUAUGUACAACCCAAAAUAAUUAUUUAUGUAACUGCCCAGUUAUUUUAUUAAAGGAACAGAAUUCCAUUGAAAACUUUCUUUUUUCAAGGAUGUCUUAUUUGCUAUUAUAUUUAUACACUUCUAAGUUUAAUUUAUUUAUAUACUGCAUUUUUUGUUUAUUUAUAUGCUGAUAUUUAUAUGUUAAUAAACGUCGUAAAAAUUUAUGUUACUAGGUGGUGUUUAAUUCUAUUAACUGAUUACUCGUAAAUAUAAAUGCAAAUUAAAAUUGUAUUGAUCAUUCGAAUAAUUAUUUCUUUGUGAUAUUUUUACGGUACCGGAUAUGUACAGUAUGUGCGCGACUUGAAACAUUAAUGCACAAAUUCAUGUUCCACUCUCGCGCCGAAAUGUAGUCAGCUUUAAAAAAAACAAUCAACAAUUUAAUGUGUACGCAUCAUAUACAUUUUAUCUGCAUGUUCUUUCCAUUAUAUCGAUUUGUUCUUUUCGUUGAAUAUCUACCAAAUAUAUAUAUAAUAGCACAGAAUUUGCGUGUUAAUGAAGGAUAUACGAUCACGUAGUACUGUACAUGUCGAAGUGUAUCUCUUCUGCUGUAAAUCAGUAGAUUUGAUAUUCUUCGACCAUAUUGCAGUGUUGUCAAGCAAUCGCCAUAAAGUGCGGCGACUUUGGAAUUCUUGCGCCAACAGGGUGCAUACAAAAUGGGUACAGACAGAGACAGGAAAGUAAAAAAAAAAGAAAGCAUAUGUUUGCGUGAACGUUUCCUCGAAAUCAUGUGGUGCUGAAUACAUAAAUAAAAAAAUGAAAGGAAAAAAUCACAAUUAUACCAGGGAAACUGCAAUCUCUAGGAAAAAAAAGGAAAGGGAGAGAAAAUGUAUUAAGUAAAAAUGAUAGCUAAACUAGACGAAGAAAAUAACGAGAGGGGACGAAGCAAUGCGAGUACUGUCUUUUAAGGCAGAGAAGAGCUUGUAUUGUGAAACGUGAUGUUUUGGAAAGCCUUGUAUAUGUGCCAGCUAUUUCUAUUUACAUUAUGAUGGUAAUUAUAUCCGUAAGUUGCAUAGAGCUUUAUUUUCGCCGUAAAAUUACUUUAAUAUUGUAUGAAAAGAACAGAUGGAAUAUAUUUAAUUAUUCGAGUCAACAUAUGAACUGUCGAUACCAACAUUUUAAAUGCUGCUUCAGUGACUGUUUCUCAUGAUCCUUUGAAACAUUAUACAUACAUAUAAAGUAUACUAAACUAACGAUUUAUUUUACAAAUUUAGUUCGUAAGUAUAUGUAACUAUUUUGAAAGUUAAUUAAGAUAUAUUUAUAUAUUUAAUUUAAAUAGAAAUAUUUCAAAGGAUUAGUGAACAACUACAUAGAAUAUUAUUAUAAACCUUCUAAUAUAAGGCAUUAAUCUUAACUAUAUCUAUUUCGUGUAUUAGAGAAAGUAUCUCAUUUGAUAUUUAGUUGAAGAUCUUUUCUCGUUGGUAUCGACUAAUUUAAUAUAUUACAACGAUCAUGUAAUAAUCUAUUACUUGUAAUUUGAUUUCCUUGAUUUUUAUUUAAUAAAAAGUUAGUAUGUGCGAUUAAAAAAUA